CGGAGGGGAGGGGCGGGCCGAGCGCGGGCUUCCGGCGAGGCCCGGCAGGCGCCGAGAAGGAAGAGCGAUCCCGGACGGCGCCUCUCUGCCGAGCGUGAGCGCAGGCAAGGAUGACGACUUCAGGUGCUCUGUUCCCAAGCCUGGUGCCCGGCUCUCGGGGGUCCUCCAACAAGUAUUUGGUGGAGUUCCGGGCAGGAAAAAUGUCAUUAAAAGGAACGACGGUCACCCCCGACAAACGGAAGGGUCUAGUGUACAUCCAGCAGACAGACGACUCUCUCAUUCACUUCUGCUGGAAAGACAGGACGUCUGGGACUGUGGAAGAUGAUUUAAUUAUCUUCCCUGACGACUGUGAGUUCAAGCGGGUUCCUCAGUGCCCCAGCGGGAGGGUCUACGUGCUCAAGUUUAAGGCAGGGUCCAAGCGGCUUUUCUUCUGGAUGCAGGAGCCGAAGACUGACCAGGAUGAGGAGCAUUGCCGGAAAGUCAAUGAAUGUCUGAAUAACCCCCCGAUGCCUGGAGCGCUGGGGGCAAGCGGGAGUGGCAGUCACGAGCUUUCUGCUCUUGGUGGUGAAGGUGGCCUGCAGAGCCUGCUGGGGAACAUGAGUCACAGCCAGCUCAUGCAGCUUAUUGGACCUGCCGGCCUUGGAGGACUAGGUGGACUUGGUGCCCUCACUGGGCCUGGCCUGGCCAGCUUGCUGGGGAGCAGUGGGCCUCCGGCGAGCAGUUCUUCAUCCAGCUCCCGGAGCCAGUCUGCAGCUGUUACCCCAUCUUCCACCACCUCUUCCACUCGUGCCACCCCAGCCCCUUCUGCCCCAGCAGCUGCCUCAGCAACCAGCCCGAGUCCCACACCCAGCUCAGGUAAUGGAACCAGUACAGCAGCUAGCCCAACCCAGCCCAUCCAGCUAAGCGACCUCCAGAGCAUUCUGGCCACUAUGAAUGUGCCCGCCGGGCCAGGAGGCGGCCAACAAGUGGAUUUGGCCAGUGUGCUGACGCCAGAGAUCAUGGCUCCUAUCCUUGCCAACGCAGACGUCCAGGAGCGCCUAUUGCCCUACCUGCCCUCUGGGGAGUCCCUGCCCCAGACUGCAGACGAGAUUCAAAACACGUUGACCUCGCCUCAGUUCCAGCAGGCUCUGGGCAUGUUCAGUGCGGCAUUGGCCUCAGGGCAGCUGGGCCCCCUCAUGUGCCAGUUUGGCCUGCCUGCAGAGGCUGUGGAGGCUGCCAACAAAGGCGAUGUGGAAGCGUUUGCCAAAGCCAUGCAGAACAGCGCCAAGUCAGAGCCAAAGGAGGGUGACGCGAAAGACAAGAAAGACGAGGAGGAAGACAUGAGUCUAGAUUAAAUUAUUGCCCCCUUGACUACGUCAGGUUCUUAGUUGUGUGGCUGUAGUGGCGUUUGUGCUCCCGUGCGCCCCUUCCUCUCGUUCCUCUUCACUAAUAAAGCCCUUUCUUUACCGCC